GGCUGUCCCCAACUCUCCCUCUCCGCGGCGGGCAGGGGGCGCUGCGCGUCCCGGCGCCCCGAGGGGGCGGGCCCGGGGCGGGGCGGGGCCGGCCUGGCUUCCAGGCUUGGGCUCUGGCCGCCCGCGCAGCCAAGCCGCUCCGGGGACUGGCCCGGGCGGGGCGCGGUGGCAGGAAACGGGGCGGGGACUCGCGGAGGCGUUGGGGAGCGAGGGAGGGCGCGGCCAACUCCCGGAGGGACUGCAGGCCGAGAGAGCGGCGCCCCGGCCUGGCGCCGAGCCUGAGCCCGCCGGACGGGAGGCGGCCCCGCCGCGGGCUCGGCCCCGGCCCCAGCCCCGCCAGCAUGGCCGGCCGGACCGUACGGGCCGAGACCCGGAGCCGGGCCAAGGAUGACAUCAAGAAGGUGAUGGCGACCAUCGAGAAGGUCCGGAGAUGGGAGAAGCGAUGGGUGACUGUGGGUGACACUUCCCUUCGUAUCUUCAAGUGGGUGCCAGUGGUGGACCCCCAGGAGGAGGAGCGACGUCGGGCAGGUGGCGGGGCAGAGAGAUCCCGUGGUCGGGAGCGUCGGGGCAGGGGUGCCAGUCCCCGAGGGAGUGGCCCCCUCAUUCUGCUGGAUCUCAAUGAUGAGAACAGCAAUCAGAGUUUCCAUUCAGAAGGCUCUCUGCAAAAGGGCACUGAACCCAGCCCUGGAGGCACCCCCCAGCCCAGCCGCCCUGUGUCACCUGCUGGACCACCAGAAGGGGUCUCUGAAGAAGCUCAGCCACCCCGGCUAGGCCAAGAGAGAGAUCCUGGGAGUAUAACUGCAGGCAGCACCGAUGAACCCCCAAUGCUGACCAAGGAGGAGCCUGUUCCAGAAUUGCUGGAGGCUGAGGAUUCGGGAGUGAGAAUGACAAGGCGAGCACUCCAGGAGAAGGGCCUGAAGACAGAGCCCCUCCGAAGGCUCCUUCCCAGGAGAGGCCUCCGGACAAAUGCCCGGCCCAGUUCCACAGGGCCGGAUACUAGAGCUCCCGGGGGAGGAAGCAAGGCACCGAGGGCACCCAGGACGAGCCCCCAGGGUAAGGGGAGGUGA